GAGAACAAUUCACUGAAGUAAUCCUGGAAUAUUCAACAACCUUUUCAAGUUGAAUGAAUAAUCCUUUUCUUACAGCUUUGCUGACGUGGUAUAGCUAGGCACAAAUCUGUAGUUCAUUAGUGCCUAUUCAGGUAGAGCUAAUUCAGUACUGACAUGCCAUUACAUUAUGGGAUCAUGUUUGCUGCAUUAAUAUGCAGAUCCAAUAAUAUGCACUUUGAGGUAGUUGCCUUAUAUACUGUAUUACAGAAGUUAUAUUGAAACAGACACCUCUUUUGUCCAUUGUUUCUGCUUAGCCAGGAAUAGUUUUAUUAUUUCUUUUGCAUCUUUCCAUGUUAGAUUUCUAUUGAAUGAUAGCUGAGAUUCAAAUUCAAAGGCUGGGGUACAAUAUCUCCCUCUAGAUUGUACUAACUAUACUGAUCUCAGGAUGUCAUCCAUCUACUAUGAUGGAAUCAGCUGUGGUACCAUGUGGCUUGAAAGGAAUAGAUAUGUUAUAAUAGAACAUUAAAAAACUGUUUCCCCCUUAACAGAUAUCUACCUGUAAUAACUAAGCACAAAAAUAGUGACUGCUAAGCGGUGGAAGAUACCCACUAAACUUGCAUUUUGCAAUAUGUUUUGCUCCCCACUGCUCAUGCGAGUAACUUCCCAUUUCCCACCCUCAAACCACAAGCAAAUUGGCAUCAUGCUUAUUUUUCUUUCUGUGGUUAUGCUUGGUUAGUGAAACACAAAUGACAGCUCACCUGCCAAAUCCUUCUCAACCAUUUCUCAUGGAUCCAGGAUCCUUGUGGGGCAAGAGGCUUCCCAGGAGAGGGAAAAGAGUUUUGAAAUAGGGGCUUCUCAGCAUUUUGAGGAGAACAUCAAGCUCUGCUGCCCAUCUGGGGCAUGCACAGGUUUAUGUUCAGUUGACACUUCAACCACUCCCCAUACUGUUUUUGUCUCAGAGGUAAUCAAUAGAGUGCAGGUGGAGAGAGGGCAAUCUGACCUUGGGACAUGGAGACUUAUGUAUGCAAAGGCAUAUGAACAUCAAAGCCAACUUAAAAUAGGGGAUGCCAUCAUCCAUGCAUCUCAGCAACAAUCCAGGUGAAUUUCUGGAUGUUGGUUGCCACCUUCUCUGAUCUAGAGAUAGGACUGAAGAGCUAAGGCAACAUGAACAUUUCUUCAAACACAUAGUGAUAAUUUCUGGAAAAUGAACAUAGAGAACUUCUUUGGUGGGAGAUUAGGUGAUCAACUGAGAAUUGAGAAUGAAAUCCUGGAGAGACAUAAAGAUCUGGAGGAAAACUUGCACAGAGUGAUGGGCAGUGCUGGCCAAGGUGUAGUUGCUCUGCCUCAUGGUCGGGUCACCCUGCAGGAUCCUGUACUCUUUUCUGGCCUGGAGAAGCUACCUCUUGCUCAAGCUCCUGACAGCCCAAGCUGGCAGUCCCUUGACAGCCCAAGUCCCCCUGCUACACCUGAGCAAACCCUUCCCACCUAUUGCCUGCAGUACUUUAAUAUGCUCUACCCAGAUGACAGCAAUUGGGUCCCAAAGAGUUUGGGUGAAACUCAACAACACAACCAUCAAGGAAGCAGGACGGAAGUGCAUAAGGAACCUGAGCAGUGCCCUAUCAUUGACAGUCAAGGAUUGAGCCUUACCUCUGAGAUGGAUUAUCAGGCUAGCCUUCACCUUGAGGAGCACUCCUUGGAGCAGGUGCAGACAAUGGUGGUGGGUGAAGUGCUCAAGGACAUUGAAACAGCUUGCAAGCUGCUCAACAUUGCCGCUGACCCUGCAGACUGGAGUCCAGGAAAUGUCCAGAAGUGGAUCUUAUGGACAGAACACCAAUACCGAUUGCCCCAGAUUGGAAAAUCAUUCCAAGACUUGUCUGGGAAGGAGCUGUGUGACAUGACAGAAGAAGGGUUCCGUCAACGUUCUCCAUCGUGUGGUGAUGUUUUGCAUGCUCAUCUGGACAUUUGGAAGUCAGCUGCCUGGAUGAAAGAAAAAACUGCUCCCGGGGAGCUGCAUUACUGUGGCAAUGAAGAGAACUGGACAGACAGUGAGGUCGAUUCAUCUUGCUCAGGCCAGCCCAUUCACCUAUGGCAGUUUUUGAAAGAGCUUUUGCUGAAGCCUCAUAACUAUGGUCGCUUCAUUCGUUGGCUCAAUAAGGAAAAAGGUAUAUUUAAGAUUGAAGAUUCUGCCCAGGUGGCUCGGCUAUGGGGAAUCCGGAAGAACCGGCCUGCCAUGAACUACGACAAGCUGAGCCGCUCAAUUCGGCAGUAUUAUAAGAAAGGGAUCAUAAGGAAACCAGAUAUCUCACAAAGGCUGGUCUACCAAUUUGUACACCCUGUCUGAAAAGCAGAGCAAAGAGAACAAAUUCAGAAUAAUUGACUCCUUUCUGGGCUGGAAGACUUCUGGAAACAGCAUCCUUUAUCCUCUGCAAUGUUGAUGGAGAUAAAAGCAACUAUUGACAAAGGCCAUUGGAUUUGGCUGGUGAACUGUAGAUAUUCCUGUGUACCCUAAUUGUGUCUGGGACACAGGAAAACAAAUAAACAUUUACUGUUUAAGUAAAAUGGCAAAAAGGAAAUGAACUGGGCCAUUCAGAUUUCAUUCUAGGCUUUGUGGUUUUGUAGUUUUUUUUUCCCCUUGAAAAGAAAAAAAAAUCUAAAUAUUUCCAGCUGCAUGGUAUGGGAAUCCAGAGAAGGUAGGAAUUUGAUGGAAAAGGAAAAAGAAUACUGAUGCUGUAGAGUCUACCUCUUCUCCAUUCUAAUAAUUUGAAGACUAUUUGAGAUCAAAGGAGCAAUGUAACAUUGUUUGCAGCUUUGUAAAUUAAUACUGGGCAAUUACAAAAUUGCGUAGCAAUCAGUGACGUGCAGUCAGGUGAGGCACAGCCUCACCGCACUCAUCAUGAAAAGGAAAAAAAAAGGUAAAA